UACGUAAAAAAAGGUAGCAUUUGAUGCUUGGUAAUAAAAUGGCUAAAUUUUCAUAAAACAACCAGUGAUCAUUCCCCACCGGGUUAUUCCGAACAGUUCUCCGAACUAUUAUCGAUUGAGAAAAAUCUGGCGGGAGAUUUACGGAACGAGAAAACAAAUCUAUCGAUUAUCAAUUAAAGCGCCGUUUACACAAAACUUCAUCAUGGAUUUUGAAGAGUUUAAGAAAGACAACAGCAAGAAUUGCAUUAUCAAGUCCAAAAUUCCCGAAAUCGCUCGCAACGAGCCGUGCUGUGUUGGAAUAGACGAAGCCGGCCGUGGUCCAGUGCUAGGGCCGAUGGUGUAUGGUAUUUGCUAUUGCCCCUUAUCAAAGGCAGAGGAACUGAAAAACACCGGUUUUGCGGAUUCCAAGACCCUGACAGAGGAAGAACGUGAGGCAUUAUUCAAAGAGUUAUCAGAAAACUGCCAUGGUUACAUGGGCUGGGUCAUUGACAUUUUGACCCCUAACUUCCUCUCUAAUUGCAUGCUGCAGCGGACAAAAUGUAGUUUGAAUGAAGUUUCACAUAAUUCGGCCAUUGGGCUGAUUCGGCUGCUACUUGACAGUGGUGUCAAAGUACAAGAGGUGUAUGUUGACACAGUUGGUCCUGCUGAAAAAUACCAAGAUAAACUACAGAAGAUUUUCCCUGAACAGAAAAUAGUUGUGACUCCAAAAGCAGAUGCCAAGUUCCCCAUUGUGAGUGCAGCAAGCGUCUGUGCCAAGGUUAGCCGUGAUCGGGUUAUAAGCGCAUGGGAGUUUUCAGAAGACAUCAUUUUCACCAAGGAAACCGGCUCAGGAUAUCCAUCAGGGUACCAAUCUGGUGGUCAUUUACACACAGAGUACCCAUCUGGUGGUCAUUUACACACAGAGUACCCAUCUGGUGUUCAUUUAUACACAGGGUACCCAUCUGGUGGCCAUUUACACACAGAGUACCAAUCUGGUGGUCAUUUACACACAGGGUACCCAUCUGGUGGCCAUUUAUACACAGGGUACCCAUCUGGUGGCCAUUUACACACAGGGUACCCAUCUGGUGGUCAUUUACACACAGGGUACCCAUCUGUUGGUCAUUUACACACAGGUUACCCAAUUGGUAGCCAAUGAUAUACAAGGUACCCAUAUAGUGGCCAAUUAUACACAGGUUUCGCAUCUGGUGGCCAUUGAUACACAGGGUACCCAUCAGAUAGCCAUUGAUACACAAGGUACCCAUCUGGUGGCCAUUGAUACACAGGGUACCCAUCUGGUGGUGAUUUAUACACAGGGCACCCAUCUGGUAGCCAUUGAUACACAGGGUACCCAUCAGAUAGCAAUUAAACACGAAGGCGCGGUAUAAAAGGGCCUAAGCCCCGCCCCCAUUUUUCAAAUGGAGAGAAAGUCCAACAUGGCGGCCAUUACCGAUACGAGCCCAGUCAAAAAAGAAUGCCCCCAAAUCUAAUGAUUUGAUAUCCAACGAAUAAAUAGUUUCCCAAAUGAAAGAAAAGAUAGGUUUGAUUUAUACUUCAAGCCUUUCUUGGCAGCGAGAAAUGCAUAUUUGUCUUAGAAUUCGUACAUUUACGGCGCGAUUUCAAAUCUCCCGCCUUUCCCUUCGACGCCAUUUUUGGUAUGUAUACCUUCCCGACUCUCCUAGGGAAGGAUUUGGUGAGCUUGGGCCGGCAAUGACCGCAGUUUUUGCUGAGCAGUCUAUCCUAAGGGAUUAUGCGUGCAAUGGGGUACAAACAGAGCUAAAUUUUGCCAUUCUUAGCGUGUUUAUAAAACAUGUUUCGUGGAGCCAUUUUGCCUCAUUUCUUCACACUUUUCUUGGCCGGUAGCAUGAUUUGUAUUUCAAUCAGAAAUUCGGGGAAAUAUGAAGAGCAUAUUACUCUGGAAAGAAGCACCUAAAAUGGGAAGAAGAGGAAAGGAAGACAAGAUAUUGCAGAAAAUAAUAUGUGUUUGUGUAAAUUCUGUACUGAAAAAUAGCGCACAACAAAGUAGGACAUUAAAACUAAACAUAAGCAGCAAACAUCAGGUAUAAAGUCAAGAUACAUCAUAUACAUAUUUUAUUAUUCGUAAGUAACUUUACAGCUGUAGUGUAAGAGGACACUUCAGUAAAACUUAUUUUAGUGAAACCAUUAUUUCUACUAUUUUGUUGCUGCAACAAGUGUAAAACAAAAAUACAAAGUGUGCCUAUCUGCUGUUGUACAUCUGUUCAAGAAUUAAACCAAAAAUCCAUAAA